CCCCUUUGUAAAGUUAACAUUAUAUUUGCAGGUGGUCAGGUACGCGGAUCUAUACGCGGCGUCAUUCCUGAACCUGAUGUACUACCCGUUCUGCUACAUGUUCCGCGCGCCCGCCAUGCUCAUGCCGCACGAGUCCACCGUCGCACACGAACAACGCUUCACCUUCGACAAACCCACCAUAGACAGGAGCAGGACUUCUAGCGUGCCCCUUAUCAUCGGCGUAGGUGACCUUCCCGAAGAGAUGUCCAGCGGUUCGUCAAACGAAGCCAUUGUCAAGGACAGGCAAAAAGAGGGCGGCGUAACCUUCCAGUCAACAUCAGUGCCGCACAUGCGUCCAGAGACCCCGCGCCAACUGACGCACACGCACGACGAAGACUGUUCAGACGACGAAGAAGUCACCAAGACUGCGCAAACUAAAUAAUUCUUUCAAAGUUUUUCUCGCACCUACAUAUAAUACAUAUAAUGAACAUAUUAUUCCAUAUUAAUUUCUGCGAUCACCACGGUCGGUUUACAAUAAUAAUGUAAAGUUACUGAUCGUACCGUGUCGUCGCGUUCCGAGAUCGAAGGUUUUUAUAAAUCAUUUAAUUUGAUUAUAAAACGAAAGUAGUGCCUAAAUUGUAUUUAUAUGUUUAAACUACAUGAUUGAGCAAUCAAUGGCAUGUUCAGUUUAAGCACUAGUGCAAGCGAGUCUGUACGUCGAUAUGAAACUACUAAUAUUGAAGUAUUAGAAUGGGUGAAGUGAAAAAUGUCUUACAAAUUGAUAUUAAUUAAUUUAUAAGUAAUUUUUACUAUAGCAGUUUCCAGUCGUAAUUUGAUUAAAUGAGGCUUUGAUUAUUAUGGAGACGAAUUUUAUUAUACUUUUGUUUUGUUGAAUAUAUUUUUAAAUGGUUUUUAUUAUACUAUAUGAAUAUGAUAAAUCUUUUCAUUAUAAUACUUGCAAUUAUUUAGAUUUACCUUAUUUACAGUGUUAUUCGUCUAGAGAUUGCAAAAAUGCACAAUAUAAUGAAGUUAUUUUUUUGAAAUUAUUGAAUUGUUAUGAUUUUAUUUAUUUGUUAUCACUUUCUAGGUAGGUGUCUAUGAAUCAAUAAAUUUUCAAUCUUCAAACCAGAAAAUGUAACUAGGAAGGUCUUUUUCUCCAUGAUCUAGUGCAGUAAAAGUUUAACAAAGUCAAUAUAAUGUCCAUUCGUCGGCUGUGUAUUUAUCGUAACAAUUUGAUAUAUAGGUACGUCUGUUUUGCAUGUUAAUAUAGUCAUAUGAAUGACUCUUGGCGAAGGUGAGGUGCGAUGCGGUUUGUGUUAGUAUUUUCGUUUCGGUCUUUUUUUGCUUAUUACCUUCGUAAUAAUUUUUCGUCAGAUGCUUAUAGUCAGCAACAUUUCUAGCUCAUGGUACAAUCGCAGCGAACCGACCGCUUGAUUAGUUAAUAAGUAUAUUGAUUACCACGAACCGCACCGUACCAUGCCCUGCGCAAAGAGUUUGUCUGUUUACGAAAUACUUUUGAGAAUAGCUUUUAGUUAUUCCAACAAUGCAUUACUUCAAAAUAGAUUGGAAUAAAACAAUUUAUUAAA